AUGACCUUUGACUGCCUCUCCCAAUCCUCCCCGCACCUUAUCGCCCAGCUCAACAAGUCCUAUCGCCGCGAGGCGCUCCCGAGGCUGUACCGCAUUGUCCCCGUCAACCGCAAGUCCAUAGUGGUGUUUGAUAACCACUCGACUAGCAAUCCUUCGCUGCUACCGUACCCUGCCACUUAUACAGAAGUGCUCAGGGUGGUCAACCUCGAAUCUGCUUUGCUGUUUGCCAGCUAUCGCUUGCAGUAUGCUGGGGAAGACAUCGAUGCGUACAGCUCUCCCAUCAUACCGCGUGUCAAGCGGGUAGAGUUCUCGUGGGCGGUCUUUGAGGAACGGUUCUUCAAGAGGUUCAGCGGCCGCAUGGGUGAUGGAGGCAGCCAAGGGAGAACACUCCAGCAUGAGCUUAAACCCGAAAGCCAGCUCCAAGAGUGUCUCUUGCACAUCGAUUGCAGCAACAAACAAGCAGAGAUCAGCAGUUACGAGCUGAAAGGGAUCCCUCGAUAUCUGAGCGGUGCGCUCAAACAUGCCAAAACGUUGACCCUCGUUUUGCAUGUCCCAGAGACGGGCCAGAUGUCGAAAGCCGUGACUAAAGAGGAAGGCGCUGCGGAAAGUAAAAGUACGAAUGGCGUCGUCCCUGUUCCCUCGCGCAACGUCAUUGAUGCUUUCGCGGCUCUCAUUGGCGAUUUGGGCCUCCAGAUCCUGUUAGAUGCUCUCGAGGGUGAUAUUGAGGCGAUGAAUGAGGUGGAUGUGAUGAGAGAGCUCGCCGAUAACGCUUCCACCUACGAGGUAUGCUGUCCGAAUGCAGGUCACGUAGAGCAGCUUGCCAGGAGCCACUUCAAGUCGAGGCAUACUAGGGCAGCAAACCUUGAAUGGCCUGUGCAGUUUUUGGAGCUGGACGAGGGGACAGUUGAUGAGUAUGAUUUAUGGAAGAGAGCGCCAUAA